AAACAAAGUUCACAAUCGAUCUGGUCCCAAGCAAAGACCUGGUUGCUGCUUCUACAAAACUGACAUUAUACCUUACCUUUCUCACGCGUCGUCCUGACUUCUCCCUACAUGGACCAAGGAGAGGAGACAAAGUGAAAGAGUACUCCAUAUCAUGGAUUGGCAUGGCAACUUAAGAACCUUUGUCUCUCGACCAGAGAAUUCCUUUAACUUCCUCUACAACUAUAGAUAUGACCAGUAUAAUCAAGGAAUGGAUUUGAAGCACCCAGCAAUGGCAGAAACACCACACGGUAUGGUCCCAACUAUGGACAAGCUUAGCUUUGGAAUUCAUGAGAAGAAGAAGAGAUUGACAAGCGAUCAGUUAGACUCACUGGAGAGGAGCUUUCAAGAGGAGAUUAAGUUAGACCCUGAUAGGAAAAUGAAGCUGUCUCGUGAGCUAGGGCUGCAACCAAGGCAGAUUGCUGUUUGGUUCCAAAAUAGACGUGCUAGGUGGAAAGCUAAGCAACUUGAACGCUUAUACGAUGCACUUAAGCAGGAGUUUGAUGUUGUUUCUGUAGAAAAACAGAAGCUUCAAGAAGAGGUUAUGAAACUGAAAGCUAUCCUCCGGGAGCAAGCCACCGACAGGAAGCCAGUGUCAACGGGCUACACAGAGAUUUCAGGCGAAGAGACAGUGGAAAGCACAUCAGUCGCAAUUCGCAGCUCCAAUGGCAAGCCACGAGGAACAAGUCAGCAUCAGAUUGCAGAGUGCAACUAUCUUCUGAAUGUUGAUGAAUAUAACCCAGUAACAUCACCUUACUGGGCUGUUCUUCCAUCUUAUCCUUAAUUAAUAGGCUGUUAUUGUUGUUUAUACUUCUUAAUUAUUAUUAUGCUAGAGUAAUUAGUUCAGCCUAUGUAGUAAAUGUUAGUAUUAUUAGCCCUAGUGAUGAAGAAUGAAGAUGCAUGGCUUCUGCUGUUGAGCUACGUAUUAGAAUAUAUAUUUAAUAAUCGGAAUCCCUUCUAAUAUA